AUGCAGAGGUCCUUCUCUUUUCUUCGGAGGUCAGGUUUUCAUAGCGCAAUGUCAUAUAACACUAAGGUACUGAGGGUAGACCCAAGUGCGAUACACUUCUCGGCAACUGCGCAUAUUGAUGGGUCCCUGCCGCGGAUUUCGGACCCAGAGACGGAGAAACACUUACUCGAGGCUGCCAGACUUAUCCGGGAUGAUGGCGAGACGGUUGCGUUUCCGACAGAAACUGUAUAUGGACUGGGGGGGUCGUCUCUGAAUGAUGCUUCGGUGCGCAAUAUCUACAAGGCAAAGAACAGACCCAGUGACAAUCCACUGAUCAGCCAUGUGUCAUCUAUUGCACAGCUAAACCGUCGCAUAUACCAGCAGGAUAGAGAGGGCGAUGUUCUGCGGAAUAUUCCUGUAGUGUACCACGAGCUAGUUCGUCAACUGUGGCCUGGUCCACUCACUAUCCUUCUCCCUAUCAACGAGGAGACCGCUCUAUCUGUACUCACGACAGCAGGCCAGCCAACCUUUGCUGUUCGCAUCCCCGCAGAUCCAGUAGCGAGGGCACUGAUUGCUCUUAGCGACACCCCCAUUGCUGCGCCGUCGGCUAACGUCUCAACUAGGCCUUCUCCGACGGCCGCUGAGCAUGUAUACCAUGACUUAAAGGGAAAGAUACCACUAAUUCUAGAUGGUGGAAGUUGCCGUGUUGGGGUUGAGUCUACUGUCAUCGAUGGCUUGGUAAAUCCGCCAAUGUUGUUACGUCCUGGAGGAUUUACGUAUGAAGAAAUCAUCGAACUAGGCGGGGAGCAAUGGUCCCAUUGUAAAGUUGAGAAUAGGAUGACUGUAGGGAGUGGGGAAAAGGUUAGAACUCCCGGUAUGAAGUACAAACAUUACUCUCCUAGGGCCUCCACUGUAGCAUUUGCCCCAAUUAACGAUGAUCUUCCAACGAGCGAAAGGAUGAAGAUUGUGACCUCCGAAAUAAUGAAAUACAUGACAAGCCAUGGCACCGAUAAGCGCCAAAAAGUGGGGCUACUGACAAGCAUUAUGUUCCCCAAUAACUUACUGGAAUCCAUUACGGACGAAGUUGAUGUUGUGGUUUAUUCAUUGGGCUCCUCUGGGAAAGAAGUUCAAUCGAAUUUGUUUGCCAUGCUGCGAAGGCUGGACGAGGAAGAUGAGGUGGAUUUGAUAUUUGUUGAAGGUAUUAGCGAUAGGAAUGAGGGACUGGCAGUGAUGAAUAGAUUAAGAAAAGCCGCUGGGGGGAACGUAGUGUCAUUUUAA